GUUGUCAAAAUUUAAUAGUCAAUAGUAAAAACACAGAGGGGCAUAUGCGUUGCCCACCAUUAACGUUUGUCUCUCAAUCCACACCCUUUCUUCCCACAACCCUCUGCAAAGCUACACCUUGUUGUUGUUGGUGAUGUUGGUAAGUGGAGGUUUCCAGAGAGAGAGAAAGUGAAUAAAAAAGAAGAAAAAGACCCAAGUUAUUCUCAGGUAAAGAGAGAAAGGUAGAGAUAUUGUUGGGUAUUUUCCCUUGUUUCCCCAGAUGCACUUUCAAUGGGGAAAUAUGAGGACCAAAAUCUGCAGCAGCAAAGGGAUCAGGGUCUUGAAUCAAGGAACAAUGAAGGGCGUUCGGGAUUCUUGUGUGGAAGAUUUUGGAUGGUCUUGUCUAGGCUUGCAAGUGAGUUCAGUUUCAGAUGUGUGUUUGUUUUGUUCCUCAGCUUGUCGGUUUUGCUGCCUGGGAUUUUCUGGAUCCUUCCUAUGCGAUCUUUGAACUCUGGGUUUGAUGCUAAGCAAUCUAUUAAGCUCAGUGCCCCGGUCCAUGCACGUUUUACUCUUCAGAAACCAGUUUUAGAGCUUGUUCAGCAUAUUGAAAAGUUGGAGUAUGAUAUCUAUGAAGAAUUAGCCGUUCCGGAUACCAAGGUGGCUAUCUUAUCCAUGCAUCAGUCAGAUGUAUCUAACUCUACUAACGUGGUGUUUGGUGUUCUUUCCAAUUCGUUAGAGAGCCGAAUAAGUCCAGUAGCCCUUAGCGUGCUGAGAUCAUCUUUAAUUGAGCUGUUUCUUCGGCAAUCCAAUCUAACUUUGAUGACUUCAAUUUUCGAGCAGCCUUCUGACUUUGAGAUUGUGAAGUUUCGUGGUGGCAUCACUGUGAUCCCUGUUCAAUCUGCUUCCAUAUUUCAAAUAACCCAGUUUCUGUUUAAUUUUACUUUGUACAACUCAAUAUCUGAAAUAGAGAACAAGUGCAUUGAGUUGAAGGAUCAACUUAAGUAUGGACUACGCCUGAGGUCUUAUGAGAACUUGUUUGUGCAAUUAACAAAUGAAAAUGGCUCCACUAUGUCAUCACCAGUUAUAGUUCAGGCUUCGGUGAUGUCAGAUAAUUAUGGUAACCUUCUGCCUCAGAGAUUAAAGCAGUUGGCUCAAAUCAUCACACGCUAUCCUGCAAGGAAUCUUGGUCUCAAUAACUCGGUGUUUGGUAAAGUUAAAAGCAUUAGCUUAUCAUCUUGUUUGAAGGGUACACUUCAUGCUACCCCUCCCACUCCUUCUCCGGCUUUGGCUCCAGGGCCAUCGAUUUCACCGAAUCCUAAUUCUGCACCAACUCGCCCUCCAGCAUUGGCACCAAAUAUUGCUGCUUCUCCAUCUGCUCGUAGUCCCCUGCAUUCACCGGGUCAUAGAAGCAGUCUUGACCCUUCUUUUCCUCCUUCAAUUUCUCCUGCAUCUUCUAGUGCAUCAACUCACUCCCCUCCCCCUUAUCCGUAUUCUCGUCCUGCGGUUCCACCAAGCCAUCCCAUAAGAUCUCAGUCCCACUUAAUUCCUAAGCACACACCAGUAAUGAGUCCCCAGUCACAGUUGUCCUCGAGUCUACCACCAAUACCUUCAGUCUCUUAUGGAUCUCGGCCCGGCCAAGGUAUGGAGCGUACUCCAUCAGCGCAAUCUCCGUCAUCUGUAGCGGUACGUGUGUUCCCUGCGGAAUUCUGUUUGCUAGGAGUUUUGGUAGUCUUCAUCUGUCUUCUUUUAUGAUUGAAUUGAUUCAUUGUGCCAUACCAACCGAAAUCGCAAUACAUACGAAAAGUCCAUGGCAGGUGAUGUUCAUUUUCCAAUUUUGAUAUGGAAAGGGCUGUAGAACCACCUGUGAAUAACCCAAGAAGCAUCGAAGUUUUUCCUUUUCCUUUAGUCAAUGCAAUCGAUCUAUACGCGAACGAGAUGGAAACAUGAACUGCUGGUCAAAGCCGGAAAGUUGGCAGGUCACUCAUCUGACUUAGCUUACAGUUCAUCACAAAAGAAAAAAUGUGGGGUGUUUUUCCCAAAGGGAAUAACUCCUUGAGGUGGUUUGACUACUUGAGAAACCGGCAUACCUCGUCGGUUUCAAGAACCAUCUCCCAUAUUGAUUCAAGUGUAAAGAAUAUGCUGUUUCAUUUUGAGCAGCUAUAAUGUAGGGUAAAGGCGAAAUGUAAAAACUAGUGUUUUCUAAUAAUGAAGGAUAUCUGAAAAUUAGAGUAUAUACUUGUAUGAAUAUGGCAUGUUGUUGAUUAGAUU